UCGGCGGAGGGGCGUAGGAGAGGGACUGUGCGUCACCCCUGGCCCCCAGGCUGGCUGUGCCUCUUCCUGGGGAACAGCUGCUCCCAGAAGACUUGCUGCGGGCUGGGGUGUGGGUUCCUGGAAUCCGGCCCCACCCUGGCCCUCCCCACCUGGCUCAAGGCUCAGGAAUGGUGCACCCUGGAAACUCCGAAGGACCUGCCCCGCCCUGGGGACAGGGACGGGGAAGGGCCAGGUACCAGCGGGGUGGAAGUCCUGCGCGCUGCCCAGAUGGGCCCCCGGAGGCUGUGGAGGCCGCACCCAGGCCUGGAGCUGCCCUAGGACUGCAGACCAGCCGGGGCCGGGUGCGCAGACAUGGCCCAGACGCUGGCCUUUGUCCUCGAUGUCCCCGAGAGCCCCGAGGACCAGGGCCAGGAGCCCAGCCCUUACGAUGAGAGCGAAGUGCACGACUCCUUCCACCAGCUCAUCCAGGAGCAGAGCCGCUGGGUGGCGGCCGAGGAGGGGCUGGAGCUGCAGGAGAGGCAGCCGGGGGCCGGGUCCCUGGAGGCCCCAGGCAGCAGCCUCCCAGGGCCCGGGGGCGCCCCCGAGCUCAGCUCGGCCACCCUCCGCAUCUUGGCCAGCAUGCCCAGCCGCACCAUCGGCCGCAGCCGCGGGGCCAUCAUCUCGCAGUUCUACAACCGCACGGCCAGGCUGCGGCGCCGGAGUGGGCGGCCCCUGCUCGGGGACGUGGCGCCCUCGGCCCGGCCCAGUCUCCACCGGCUCGACCCGGAGCUGGACCCCACGUCCCGCGAGGAGGAGGAGAAGCGGAGGCUCUUGGUGAAGGAGCUCCAGGGCCUGACGGUCACCCAGCGGGACCACAUGCUCCGGGGGAUGCCCCUGAACCUGGCUGAGAAGCGCUGCCUGCGGGAGGAGAGCCGGACGCCGCGGGGGAAGCGGAGGGGCCGGCAGAGCCGCCGAGGGGUCCUCUCCUGCGGCAGCCGCCUCAGAUACAGCUGCACCCUGGCCCUGCACAACCUGGGGCUCAGGCUGCUCUCGGGCCUGCACGCCUUGACGCCGUGGCACUACGCCCUGAAGCGGAUUGGGGGCCAGUUUGGCUCCAGUGUGCUCUCCUACUUCGUCUUCCUCAAGACACUGCUGGCCUUCAACGCCCUCCUGCUGCUGCCACUGCUGGCCUUUGUUGUGGCGGUGCAGGCCGCCUUCCCGCCAGAACCGCCCAGCCCAGACCCCACCUUCACGGGCCUGGAGCUCCUGACCGGCGGGGGCAGCUUUACUCACACCGUCAUGUACUAUGGCUACUACAGUAACAGCACGCUCAACCAGCCAUGCGACCUCCCGCUGGAUGGCGGCCAGUGUACCCCCGGGGCGGGUGGCCUUCCCUACAACAUGCCCCUGGCCUACCUCUUCACUGUGGGCGUGGCCUUCUUUAUCACCUGCAUCACCCUGGUGUACAGCAUGUCCCACUCCUUUGGGGAGAGCUACCGGGUGGGCAGCACCUCGGGUGCCCACGCCAGCACGGUCUUCUGCUCCUGGGACCACAAAGUGACGCAGAAGUGGGCUUCGCGCCUCCAGCAUGCCAAUGUCCGCACUCGGCUGAAGGAGCUGCUGGCCGAGUGGCAGGUGAGGCGGGCCCCCCAGAGCGUGUGUGCGAAGCUGCGGCGGGCGCUGGGGCUGGGGUUCGGCUGGCUGCUGAGCCUGGGGACUGCGCUGGGCUGCGCCGUGGCCGUCUACACCUUCUCGGAGCUCAUGAUCAAGAGCCCGGUGGCUGCCGAGCGCGAGGCCGGCCUGCUGGGGCUGCCCCUGGUGGUCUCCCUGCUCAACCUGGCCGCCUCCUACCUGUGCCGCGGCCUGACCGCCCUGGAGCAGCACGAGUCCCCCGUGCUGGAGGCCUACGUGGCCGUGUGCAGGAACCUCCUGCUCAAGGUGGCCAUCCUGGGGGUUCUGUGCUACCACUGGCUGGGCCGCAGGCUGGGUGCCCUGAAGGGCCAGUGCUGGGAGACCGUCGUGGGCCAGGAGCUGUACCGGUUCAUGGUGGUGGAUUUCAUCUUCGCACUGGUGGACACGUUCUUUGGGGAGCUGGUGUGGAGGCUCGUCUCCGAGAAGAAGCUGAAGAGGAGGCGGAAGCCCGAGUUUGACAUCGCCCGGAAUGUGCUGGAGCUGAUUUACGGGCAGACGCUGACCUGGCUGGGAGUCCUCUUCUCGCCCCUCCUCCCCGCCGUGCAGAUCGUCAAGCUCCUGCUGCUCUUCUACGUCAAGAAGGGGUGGCCGUGGCAGAGGCAGCCUUUGUCCCCCCAGACGAGCCUGAUGGCCAACUGCCAGGCACCCCGCCGGCCCUGGCUGGCCUCGCACAUGAGCACCGUCUUCCUCACGCUGCUUUGCUGCCCGUCCUUCCUGGGCGCUGCCAUCUUCCUCUGCUACGCCAUCUGGCAGGUGAGGCCCUCGGGCACCUGUGGCCCCUUCCGGACCCUGGACACCAUAUACGAGGCGGGCAAGGUGUGGGUGCGCCGCCUGGAGAGAGCGGGCCCCCGCGUCUCCUGGCUGUCCUGGGUCCACCGCUACCUGGUGGAGAACCCCUCCUUCAUCUUCCUGGUGUCGUCCCUGCUGCUAGCCGUCAUCUACCUCAACACCCAGGUGGUCAAGGGCCAGCGGAAGGUCAUUUGCCUCCUCAAGGAGCAGAUCAGCAACGAAGGGGAGGACAAAAUCUUCUUAAUCAACAAGCUUCACUCAGUCUACGAGAGGAAGGAGAGAAGCAGGACUGGCCGAGGUGCCGAGGCCACGGCACACCCUGCCUGGCCCACAGAGCGGUGGGAAGCCCAGUAGGAAGGUGGCCCUGCGUCUUGCCCUGCGGGGCCACCCAUUCCCUGGGCUCUUUUGGGCGCAGACGCCAGAUGCCAUCCCCGAGACUGCAGCUUCUCAGCACUGCCCAGCCGGCUGGACGCGGAAGGGUCGGCAGGAGGGUCUGUG